AUGUUCCCCACAGGCCCAUUGGUCGACGACUCGGUCCGACCCCUCGGCGACGACGACCAACGUGUGCUGUUGGGGUUGGUGCACAAGUAUGGCCUCAACAGCCUCAUGUGUGCCCUCACCGGGCUGGGCGAGUCCUCCCGCCUCUCGUCCGUGUCGGCGUCCAACACCCUAUUUAGCAGCAAUGGCGCUCCCUCGCUUGUCUGGACCGCCUCGGAUGGCGCCUCCAUCCGCACACAGUCCACGACAGGACAGCACGGACACGACCUCGACGUCCCGGCCAUUCACGACGCCGAGAUGGGCAAACCCCAGGACCACACCUGGCUCGAGUCGCCCUGCGCGGUCCCCUCUGCCGACCUGCCGACCGGAUCGCCCAAGCUGUCCAUGGCCACCCUCAAGCGAUACCAGUGCCCCAUGUGCUUCAUGGACCGCAACCUGGUCGAGUUUGGCCGCAAGAGCGACUUUAAGAAGCACCUGAACAACUUCCACGGCACCGACGUCACCUGGAUCUGCCGCACCAAGAACUGCCACCUCUCGUUCGCGACGGAGCGCUCGUACAGCACCCACGCCAAGGAGGCGCACAAGAUGGAGGCGCUCCCCUCGAGCGCGGCGCGCACCGAGCUCUGCCCCCAGGUCGUGUUUGCGUGCGGCUUCGGCGCCUGCAAGGAUCGCCUCUUUGAGGCCGCGAACAAGGACGACGCCCCCAACGCGCGCGACAAGUACUUUGAGCACAUUGCCAAGCACUUUGAGGACGAGUGGAACGUGAACGACUGGGAGUACAAGGUGCACAUCCAGAAUCUCAUGCGCCAGCAGCGCGUCAAGCCCAUCUGGAAGACGUGCAUCUGGCCCAAGGAGAGGAGGACGCAGCUGAACUGGAAGCCCAGGUCGUCGGGCGACCUGAGGCGGAUGCUCGAGGCCAGGCACCUGGGCGAGGACAUUUCGCAGCUCGUCCGUCUGGCCUACGUCCUUGGGCAGGCCCCCUUUACCCACAGCAAGGUGCCGCCGCCGUCCGAGGUCGACAACCACUUCCAGCUCCCAUUCCGCAGCCAGUGCCUCCUCGAGACGGACAGCCCCGAGCGUGGCUCGGACGACUCGACGCCCACCAUCAGCGUCUCCAAGUCGCGGCCCCAGAGCCUGUUCCGGCUCCCCAGCCGCAAGAGCAAGCCCACGCGGCCGUCGACGCCUGCGAGCAUCAACACGAGCGCCGCGCCAGACACGCCCAUGACCGGCGCGGGCGAGAUGCACCCUGGCACGCCAAUCCCCAUCCCCCGGGGCGCGCCCAUGCCCUCUGACGCGCCCCAGUUCGUGCCCGACAACGCGCCGAUGCCGAAGCAGAUGCAGACACCCGUCGGGACGCCCAUGUCCACGCCCGUCAACGAGUCCCCUCUGUACGCCAUCCCCAUGGACGAGCAAGGCUACGCCAUGUACCACCACCAGCCUCAACACACUCAUCACCACCAUCACCAGCCCCCAACGCCCGCCACGCCAGUCCCCCACCACAAGCGUCCUGGCUCCUGGUCGCGCGUGACUUCAAUGGAGGACAUGCGACCCAAGAAGCGGACGUCGACACCGCACGGCAGCCCGUACGACACGCCCAUGGAGAUGAGCAUGCCGCUGGACCAGAUUCCCAAUGCGUACGGCGAGAUGAUCCCGCCGCAGCCGCAGCAUCACCACUAUGCGCCGCCCACCAGCGUGCCAGGGCCAGAGUGGGCGCUGCCCAUGCGCGAGUCAUCGUAUCACUACGAGCCGCAGCAGCCGCCGCAGCACGACCACGACCACCACCACCACCAUCAGCAACAACACAUGGGGGAGCCCAUGACGACGUUUUUCUUUGACGAGCAGUGA